GUGCUACCAGGGUUUUCAACAGCGCAGUAGUGAAGGUUAAAAUGGUGAGUUAGAUUUUGUGAUUUUGAAAGCUUUUAUGCAAUAAACCAUAGAAAGUCAUAAAAGUGAUACAAAAUGGUAGAGAUACAUACAAAAGAAUGUUAUGAGAUUUUGAAGCUGCAUACAAUAAUUCUGACUUCCUCCUUAUCCUCUUCUCCAAGGUAACUGCAGAGGCUACUUUCUGGAAUGAAUCAAUAAGUGAAACAAAUCACUCCAUGGUGACUGAGUUUAUUUUUCUGGGACUCUCCAAUUCUCAGGAACUCCAGAUUUCCCUAUUUGUAUUCUUCUUUGUAUUCUAUGUAGGAAUUGUGUUAGGAAACCUUCUCAUUGUCAUAACUGUGGCUUUUGACUCCCACCUUCACUCUCCCAUGUACUUCCUGCUGGCCAACCUCUCACUCAUUGAUCUAUGUCUGUCUUCAGUCACAGCCCCCAAGAUGACUGCUGACUUUUUCAGUAAGCGUAAAGUCAUCUCUUUCAAGGGCUGCCUUGGUCAGAUAUUUUUCCUUCACUUCUUUGGUGGGGGUGAGCUGGUGAUCCUUAUAGCCAUGGCUUUUGACAGAUACGUAGCAAUCUGUAAACCCCUGCACUACACCACAGUUAUGUGUGGCAAUGUAUGUGUGGGCAUUGUUGCUGCUGCUUGGGGAAUUGGUUUCCUCCACUCAGUGAGUCAGUUGGCCUUUGCAGUGAACUUACCCUUUUGUGGCCCCAAUGAGGUGGACAGCUUCUAUUGUGACCUUCCCAGGGUCAUAAAACUCGCCUGCACAGACACCUACAGGUUGGAUAUCAUGGUCAUUGCUAACAGUGGCGUGCUCACUGUGUGUUCUUUUGUUCUCCUAAUCAUCUCCUACACUAUCAUUCUAGUAACUAUCCAGCACCACCCUUCAGACAGGUCAUCCAAGGCUCUGUCCACUUUGACUGCUCACAUCACAGUAGUUCUUUUGUUUUUUGGACCAUGUAUCUUUAUUUAUGCCUGGCCAUUCCCUAUCGAGGCAUUAGAUAAAUUCCUUGCUGUGUUUUACUCUGUAGUCACUCCUCUCUUGAAUCCAAUAAUAUAUACACUGCGGAACAAAGACAUGAGAGCUGCAAUGAGACGGCUGAGAAAACGGACUAUGAAUUGUAGGAUAAAAUCUUAG